UGGUCUAUUAUUAAUUGGAUAUAAUGUAAAAAUGAUUGAUGAUACAAAUAUGACCUAUAUAGUGGAAGAAUCGGAAACUUCAAGAAAUUUAUCAGUUGAAUUGAUAUCAUUAGGUUCAGUAAUUCUUGCAGUUGGAAUUUUUGGAUGUAUUGCAAAUUUUAAGGAUUCAUUUUGUAUGUGUGUUACGUGGGCAGUAUUUUUAGUAAUUAUGAUUGUAGUACAGGCUGGUGCAACAGCGUUAAUUUAUUAUAGUCAAGAUGAAUUUUUACAAGUAAUGGAUAUUGUUAUAGAAAAAGUUUUUAAAUUAAGAUCAGCACAUGCAGAUAAAUUGGAUGAAUUACAAUCAUUGUAUAAUUGUUGUGGUGUUAGAGGACCAAUUGAUUAUAAAGUAUCAGCACAUUAUGGUUAUUUUCCAAGAACAUGUUGCGAUAAACAAUAUGAAGAAGAUGUUUGCUCUGAAGCAACAUUAUAUAAGGAUGGCUGCAAAAUUAAAUAUCAUGAAUGGUGGGAAUUAAAAUGGAAUGAAUUAAUUUUAGGUUGUAUGGCAAUUGGUGCAAUUGAAGUUGGUGGUGUAUUCAGUGCCAUAUGGAUGGCUGUUAACUUGAAGAUAAUUGAAAAGAGAGGAUUUACAAAGUCAAAGAAAAAUAAAAAAUAAAAAAAUUUUUUUUUUUUGUUUAUUUUUAUGUUGCUGUUGUUGGUGUUGUUGUUAUUGUUUAUAUUUUUGUUAUACAUACAAAAUGGACUAGAAGAGGAAAAUUCAAAAAAAAUUUUCUUUAAUUUGUUCAUUUUUUUCUGUUUUUUUUUUAUGUUUGAUUUUGUUUAUUUUUCUUCUCCUAGUUUUGUGUUAUUUAUUUAGGCCAAUUCUAUGAAAAAAAAACCCCAUCUUUAUGUAAAUAAAUAUAUACGUAAUUAUUUUU